CGGACCCCAGUGCGCAUGUGCGGUACCACACACGUGCGGUGAUCGUCUGGAGCUGCUGCAUGCGACAGAGAGGAGACAGUCCGUAAAGCUUUAAAAGAUAAUAACAAAAGAUAACUCUCAGAAAACAUACAUUGUUGCCCUUUUAACCACAGGUGAAAGAAAAUAGUCCUCCGUGAAGCACUUCGCCGAGAGGGCCGGAAUACCAGAAAACCCAUUCACAAUGACUGAAGCUCAAGUGAACCCAAAGGCCUACCCGCUGGCCGACGCCACGCUGACCAAAACCAUCCUGGACCUGGUGCAGCAAGCGUCCAACUACAAGCAGCUGAGGAAGGGGGCUAAUGAAGCCACUAAAACCCUGAACAGAGGCAUCGCAGAGUUCAUUGUGAUGGCUGCUGAUGCUGAACCACUGGAGAUCAUUCUCCACCUGCCGCUGCUCUGUGAGGACAAGAACGUCCCGUACGUGUUUGUCCGCUCCAAGCAGGCCUUGGGUCGGGCCUGUGGGGUGUCUCGCCCCGUUAUCGCUACCUCAGUCACCAUAAAGGAGGGAUCUCAGCUCAAACCGCAGAUUCAGUCUGUUCAGAUGGCGAUUGAGAGACUGCUUGUGUGAUUUUGUUUUUUUGUUACACUGUUGUGACAAAGUCUCCUUGAAAAAAGGGGAAGACAAGUUCCAGAUUGAACAUCAUUUUCUUUUCUGUUUGAUAAAAAAAAA